GACGUCAUCGGCGCUGUACCGGAGACGUCAUGAGCGUCCUACUGCCCAACAUGGCGGACUUUGAUACCAUUUAUGAGUUAGAAGAAGAAGAUGAGAGAAUUGUGAGUGAAGAACAUCUCGCCAGACACUGUCCCGAGCCUGUGGUCAUGCGUGGGGCUGGUCACAUCACCGUGUUUGGACUAAACAACAAAUUUGACUCCGAGUUUCCUUCUGUUCUCACAGGAAAGCUUGCUCCAGAGGAGUUCAAGACGAGCAUCAAUCGAGUAAACGCUUGCUUGAGGAAGAACCUACCGGUUAAUGUGAAAUGGCUGCUCUGCGGCUGCCUGUGCUGUUGCUGUACGGUGGGCUUCAGUCUGUGGCCUGUCAUAUGUCUCAACAAGAGAACGCGAAGAUCCAUCCAGAAAUUGUUAGAAUGGGAAAACAACAGAUUGUAUCAUAAGCUCGGGCUGCACUGGAAACUCAGCAAGAGAAAAUGUGAGAGCAACAACAUGAUGGAAUAUGUUAUUCUUAUAGAGUUCUUACCAAAAUAUCCUAUAUUCAGACCUGACUAAAGGACUUCUGCUGGAUCCUCGUGGAAGGCCCUUCAUUCCUCUCCUUAGUGCCUUGUAUAUAUGUCGGAUCGAGGGUCUUCACUGGGUUUCUACAAGACCCUUCUCCCAGUACCUUGUACAGUAGAAUUCGCAACACUGUCACUUUGCUUUAGAGCAGAUUUUGCACAUUUCCUAAUGUAGUAGAAGCACUCCUGUGUUGCACUCAGAUGUUUUAUUACAUAUAAUCAGAGAUGGCGAAAAAAUGCAAACUCGGAUACGGUUUAAAAAGUGCAUUUACCCCAAAGAGCCAUCAAGUCCUCCCCACGUACUCUAUUAUGGUAUUAUUAUGAACAAGGCACCUUAUGGUGUGAAUUUGCCUUAUGUUAAAGGACAAGGUUUUUUAAAUCGGGAGUGUAAGUGCAGGAGUCAGAAGUGUGUCUUGUUUUAAUGUUUUCAGAGUGCGAUGACUAGCGUUGGGGCUUUUGAAGCUAGCAGAGGAACAGUCAGCACCGUGAUCUGGCACUUCUGCGAUUGUCUACUACACGGGGAAGUCAACAAACUGACUUGUAAAUAUCAUGGACAGGAUGUACAGUGCGGUAUAACAUGUUUACAUAAUGUAAUUUAGCUGGUUAUUAGUUUUUCGCCAAGAUAUUAUUGUAGCAUAGUUUGUUUACAAGCCGCGUCUCUGUAACUUUCCAGUUUAUAUGGACCUGUUUACCCAGUAAGCCAUGAAAUGUACAUACAUGAUGCCACCCGAGUUAGGGCUGAAAAUUGCACAUGAGGACAAGCUGAUUGUCCUGGAGGCUUUUGACAUUGUUUUACAAUGUCAUUAGUAGUGUGUUUAAAAAUGAUAAUGUAUGCCAAUCAAGCAAAAUUUGUAACCAAGAGUAAUGUGUCAUUCAGUUUUGCACCAAGUGAUAUUUACCUAUUCAAGGUUUUGUUGGAAUAUACUUUGUACCUUAUUUUUGUUCUUUAAAUACAGCUUCAUCAUGGA